UGAAAGUACGAAAUAAAGCAGCUAAACUAACUGCUAGCUCUACCUGUAUAUGUAUUGUAAGUUUCCAGCAUGAAGUUGCUCACCCACAACAUGUUAACCUCUACAAUUAUUAAAGGGGUACUGAAAGGCUACCCGCUGGGUAUUACAGCAAAGAAGUUAGAAAUCAAAGAAGCAGAAUUCAACAAAGAAUUCAUUUGUCGAAUGAUUUCCAAAGUCGAUUGGUCUGCUCUGUAUUCAGCCGUUACUGAUGUUGGUCAUCCAGAUUGUAUUCCUCAGACUCUUGUUGAAGACUUUGAAAGCAAUGAUGAAUUUUUGAAGAAAGUCCAUCACGCUCUAAUGGAGAUUGAGAUUGAAGAAGGAGAAUUGAUUUGUCCUGAGACUGGCAGAAAAUUUACUAUCAAGAACGGAAUACCCAAUAUGUUAUUAAAUGAAGAUGAGGUGUGAAUAAUGCUCUGGGAUAGAGAAAUAUUUUUCAUUUGUAAAUAUGCACAGAAUAAAUAUUAAAAAAAAAAAAGAAAA